UAAGGUCGAAGCUCGUUGAAAUUCGAGGAAGCACCCCUUCUUCGUGGUAGGAGACCGAAGAUCAAUGGUCUGUAGCUACAAGGGAAGAAGUCCCAAUUGACAUAGCUACAGGAUUAUCCAUCGAUAUGGAUUCGUAUCUUUUAAUGGAGUUGCAUCAUUAAAGUUGGCUACCGCUAUCUAGCCUUAAUUCAGGUAGAAGGAAAGGAUUACACAAUAAAUCCCGACUUUGUGCGAUCAAGAUGACAUAGGGUGAUUGGUAAAUGGUAUAUACAUAUUUGUAGCUUUUGAUUAAGUUUUGUAUGGAUACCACAUCUGGCUAGUUAGCUUCAUAUGGCGUCCUCCUCCUCCUCGUCCUCCUCCUCGUCAUCCUCUUCUUCUUCUUGGGAGCACGACGUGUUUUUGUGCUUCCGAGGUGAGGAUACCCGAGAGGGUUUCACAGGGCAUCUGUACCAGGCGCUAAGCGUGCACUACGGGAUCAAGACGUUCAUGGAUGACCAGCUCCCCAAGGGGAGGGACAUCUCAGAGCUGUUCGAGAGGAUUGAGAGGUCAAGGAUCUCCAUCGUCAUAUUCUCGCCAAAUUUUGCAUCUUCCAGAUGGUGCAUGGACGAGCUCGCGAAGAUCAUCGAGUGCAAGGACAGGGACGCAAGGCACGAAGUUCUGCCUGUCUUCUAUAAGGUGGCCCCGACCGAGCUGAGAGGACCCAAGGGCAAGACGGCCGAGCACCUGGCCAAGCUCAGCAGCAGAGAUGCCGAGAUGUUGUCAAGGUGGCAGCUUGCUCUGGAGGAGUUCUCCAACUUGAGAGGAUGGACUUUCAUGCAAGGGGUGGAAUCAGGACUGAUUGAGCAGAUUGCUGAUGACGUACGAAGCAAAGUGGAUCAUGUCUCUCUUGAUCUUCGGGUGGAUGACCAUGAUGAUGAAAAGAAUAGCUUACAAGUCACAAAGCAUGCAACCGACGGUGAUGAGCCCACAUGCACGAAAUUUGUUCGUGCUAUCGGCCUAGUUUAUGCCUUGUGUUUUGUAACUAUGUUUACCGUAAGAGGGAUCUUGAACUAAGAAAUAGAUUCUAGACCCUAAAAAAGGUUAUCCUGAGCAAUUGCAAUAAUUGGGUUCAUUGAGAU